UUGUAUUUGAAGAGGACUGAGAUUAUGGCCUAUUUGAAGAGCAUGAUUUUUUUUAAGCAAUUCAAAAUAUGGCUUCUCCCAAAAAUCUGCACUCACUCCUUUUACUAAUCUGUCAUCUUCUACUUCAUCUCCUCAAAGCUGAUUCAAAAUGCCAAAAGUCGUACCCCUGCAGAAAUUUCACCAUCGAAUUCCCCUUCACCGAUAUAAGUCACUCCGAAUGCGGAUUAAUCCCAGUCAAUUGCAGUCUCCCUCACAAAAAUCCAUUAAUCUACCUACGAGAAUUUCCUAUGGAUCUGCUUGGGAAAGUUUCAGACAACAAAUUUCUGAUCCACGAUUCUGUUCUAGAAAACUACUUCAACUGGAGAAGCUGUAAUUCCUUCUCAAACGUAACGCUACCAAAAUCUCCUUUGGUCUCGUUUUCCUACUCUCCUAAUCUCACCACCUACAACUGCUUCAAUCCGAGUCAAGGAGUCGUAGAUUACUUCAAGAACUACGAGGAUCAUAGCUGCGAUAUAUUAGAUAUUUAUUUCAAGCGAGAAGCGAGGGAGGAAGCUCCUGUAGUAAUUGAUGAUGUGCUUCCAGGAUCGGGAUGUACAAUGAAUCAACUGCCGAUUAGGUCUGGGCAAGAAUUUUGUGAUGAUGUGUUCGAUUUGUUUAGUUCGAAUUUCACUCUAGAGUGGAAUUUGUCUGAAGAUUGUUACGAUUGUUAUGAGCGAGGAGGGCAGUGUGUCACUAACGACGACAAUCAGUUUCUCUGCCAAAGAGAAAGAGGAAACACAAGGCUUCAAAAGAUACUUUUCAUAGGUGGUAUAACCAUAGCCUCUCUUGCAUCCUCUCUGAUAAUUGUAUUGCUUUUCAUUCGGAGGAAACGUGAAAAAGCAAAGCAAGAUAGUGAUCGAGACAUCGAACUCUUUUUAAAGGACAAUGGGAAUCUUGUACCAAUGAGAUACAAAUACACCAGCAUCAAGAAAAUGACCAGUUCAUUUGCUGAAAAUUUAGGAAGAGGAGGAUUUGGUAGUGUUUAUAAAGGUCAAUUUCCAGACGGUCGUCUAGUAGCAGUGAAAGUCUUGAAUGAAUCAAAUGGAAACGGGGAAGAUUUCAUGAAUGAGGUCGCCUGUAUUAGCAGAACUUCCCACGUUAAUAUUGUCACGUUGUUGGGGUUUUGUUUUGAAGGUUCGAAAAGAGCUCUCAUUUAUGACUUCAUGCCGAAUGGUUCUCUUGAAAAGUUCAUUGGCAACAAUGCUUCACCGUCUCCUGGGUUGGGAUGUGAUAAAUUGUUUGAGAUCGCUCUUGGGAUAGCUCGGGGGCUCGAGUACUUGCAUCUAGGUUGUAAUACGAGAAUUUUGCAUUUGGACAUUAAGCCUCAGAACAUACUUCUCGAUAAGGACAUGAAUCCAAGGAUUUCAGAUUUUGGGCUCGCUAAAUUAUGUCCGAAUAGAUCAAGCAUUGUUUCCAUGUUGGUGGCGAGAGGGACAAUAGGGUACAUUGCCCCUGAAGUGUUUUCUAGAAACUUUGGAGAUGUCUCUUACAAGUCUGAUGUGUACAGUUAUGGGAUGCUGGUUUUGGAAAUGGUUGGUGGAAGGACAACCGUUGAUCGAAGAGAUGUAGACUGUACUAGUGAAAUAUAUUUCCCCACCUAUCUCUAUAAGCAGAUUGAGAUGAAUGUUGAAAGAGAUGGUGAUCUUGCUGGAGCAUUGGACGAGGAAGAUGAAAGCCAACGCGUGAAGAGAAAUUUGAUCAUUGUCGGGUUGUGGUGCAUUCAGACAAACCCUAAGGACCGACCGUCGAUGACGAGGGUGGUAGAGAUGUUGGAAGGGAAAGCAAUUGAGUCAUUGGAGGUUCCGCCUAAGCCUUACAUGUAUUCACCCCCUAGACCACCACCAUCCUAUUCAACUUCUGAAUCUUUAUAGUAUUUUGUUUGAAUUUGUGUGGUAAGUUAUGUUAAAUUUAACUGUAGCAGUAUUGGAAUUUCGUCCUUUUUGCAAGUUAGCAUUGGCCUUGCAGAAAGUGAAGGGUCACUGUUUUACAGACAAAAAUGUAUCCUAUUUCUUUUUUUCUUGAAAAGGAAAUAUAGGAAG